UCUACAUGAUGUUCUCUGCUCCACAUGGUAAACUUCAAUACCUUCCAUUCAACAUUCCCAUCAGAUUUAUAUGUAUAUAUAUAUCCUACGGACUUUGAGACAUUUUCAUAUGUUUUUAUCAGUACUGUAUAAUUAGUUCACAUCAAUUACCGACAUUUCAACCACAUCUUUUACAUCCAUUGUCCCAACUUGUUCUUCUAUAUUGUUGUUGUUGAAGUUGUUUUCAAUUAUGACUCGUCCAGCUAGAUUUCUGCUUAGUGCCAACUCUUCUUCAACUUCCCCUUCAACGCCGACGGCGGAGCCACCAUCUGCGGUGGCAGUGGAGUCUGACUUUGUCGUAAUACUAGCUGCUUUGCUUUGUGCACUAAUUUGUGUGGUUGGGCUCAUCGCUGUUACAAGAUGCGCGUGGCUCCGGCGAGCAACCGGCGGCGGAGCUGGUGGACAGUCGUCGGCGGCUAAUAAAGGGUUAAAGAAGAAAGUGUUGCAGUCGUUACCUAAGUUCACUUAUGACCCCAGCAGUACAACGGCGAAAGGUACACGGUUUACGGCGGAGUGUGCUAUUUGUCUGGCGGAGUAUGCGGUUGGAGAGGAGAUCCGUGUGUUGCCGCAGUGUGGCCAUAGUUUUCACCUUCAAUGUAUUGAUACUUGGUUGGGUUCACACUCAUCGUGCCCUUCUUGUCGUCAAAUUCUCGUGGUUGCUCGGUGCCGGAAGUGCGGUGAGUUCCCUGCAGUUUCCCAUAAAACCGACGGUGCUCCGGCUACAGCUCCGGCAGAGUCUCGUUCGUGCGCUAGCUCAAGUAAUUUUCUAGUCUAGAAAAAGAAAAAAAGACUUAGCUUUAACUGAUCAAUCUAGUUUACAUUAUCAGUGCAGUUUUACCAGUUGUAAUCAAUCCGUCACUUAUUGUGUUAUGCAAGUUAGGUUACUAAUCUACGGAUUAUUGUACACAGUUACUUGUAAUUAUUUUUAGCGGUAACUUAUGUAAAAUUAUUUUUAUAGAUUUAAGUAUAUGUUGAAGUUAAAAUUGAUGGAGUAGAAUAUAAAAUAGGAUGGUAACUUGGUUGGCUAAGGCCUAAUUAGGAGAAGGGAACUGACCAAAGAUUGUAACUGUAAAAUGGUGAAAUGUAUUUGUCAGAGUUUGGAAAUGAACCCCAUUGUUCUUGGCAUCCUUAAUUCCUCUGAUAGCUGUUGUGGCAAUUGACAUUACAGAGAGACACGCUGUAGUUCAAGGAAUCCCUCUUGUACAAGGCUCAGACAAAUAUUUUUGGUUUGGUCGACCGCAACUGGUGCUUCACCUCAUCCAUUUUGCCUUAUUUCAGAAUGCAUUCCAGAUAACAUGUUUUCUGUGGAUAUGGUAUGAGUAUGGGCUAAAGUCUUGCUUCCACGACGAUUUUGAGCUGGUCAUUGCGAAAAUUGUUGUAGGGAUGGCAGUCUUAUUCUUAUGCAGUUAUAUAUCACUCUUCCGCUUUAUGCCCUUAUAACUCAGAUGGGAUCCAAUAUGAAAAAAUCAAUCUUUGAUGAGCAAACUUCAAAGGCUCUGAAGAAGUGGCAUAUGGCUGUGAAGAAGAGUAAGGGAGCAAGGGGAGACAGUUCUCCUACGCGAACACUAGGUAGUGCAAGUCCAAGGUCCAAAAUGAGCUCACCUGUAAACCCGGCAGGCCCUGCUCUUCAUCGAUUCAAAACUACGGUAAUUAGCUCAACAACACCGAUGAAUCGUGCAGAGAUUGCAACUACACAGAUUUAUCAUGAUGACACAGAAAUACAUGUGCAUGUUCCUCCAAAUGGAGAACCUACUAGGAAUGAAGAUGACUUCUCAUUUGUAAAGCCUGCUCCCCAAAGGUGAAAAAGAAGUAGGUAACCAAUUAGCUUGUGCCCUUUUUCCUCCUUUUCUCUUCCCCCUUUUGCCUAGUCAUAUCAAUGUGCUUAUCCUUUUAGGACUAUCACUUAAGCAGUUUGGCAGUUCCUCGGCACAUAUAGGUGAAUUCCUUGUAUAAUUUCACAUGAAAUUGCCAAGCAAUGAUCUCCAAUGCACUAUAUAAUUGCUUGCCUUUGUAAGA